AGAGUCUCGGCUAUAUAAGCUCAGAUCCCGUAGGUCGAGAGCAUCAGUCGGAGUUAGUCUAUUGCCUACAGCACUUUUCUUAUAAAGCAAGAAUCUAGAAUCAAUAUGAAAUUCUUCACAGUCGCCACUGCCUUUGUUGUCGGUUUGUUGGCUCUGGCCAAUGCUGUCCCCCUGUCGCCCGAUCCUGGAAAUGUUAUCAUCAACGGCGACUGCGUGAACUGCAAUGUCCACGGUGGAAAAUAGAAAACAAUUUUGUUCCCGGGAUAGUAAACUUACCUUUAACCAAAGACAAUAUUAAUACUAACGCUGUGUAAUGAAAAUAAAUAUAAAAAACAACGUCAACAAAAAAA